GCCUGGCGGCCUUCUCGCUUUAUGUGGAUUGCAACGACCCGCUGGGCCUCGACUCUUUCAGGGUUUUGAACCGCAUAGGCGCAGAGAUCCACCAGCUGCAGAUCCCUUUCAUCAUUGGAGGGGGUUGGAACACUCACCCAUCACAGCUGCUCAACACUGGGUGGGUCGACCGUCUGGGAGGCGCCAUUUUGCACUCCAGCAGACCCACUUGCCGCAAGUCGGACAAGCAGUGGAGGACCAUCGAUUUCUUUGUCUCGCGGGGCCUCGAGUCCGCCGUGAGAAGGAUCGAUCGUGACGAUGCCAGCACCGCAUCGCCCCAUUACGCUGUGUCCUUGGAGCUCGAAGGGAAUCCCUUGGAGGCCAAGGUCAAGGCUUACGUUCAGUUUUGCAAGCUUUUCGAGGCGGAACUCAAGAGUGCCCGCAACGUCGAUUCCCAGGACCGUACCUAUUCUGGCAGGGCCAACGGGCUCAAGCUUAAGGAGGUUUCAGCUGUGCGGACUUCUGGAGGUGAUUACCCAGUUUUGUGUCCUGAAGGCCGCGCUUGGAGGAAGGUGGCAACUUGGUUUCUGGAGUUGGCGUGCCCGCUUAGGAAGGACCACCCCAGGAACCACCCAGAGAUCCUCUCGCUGGGCUCCAAGUUGGCCUCGGGCCCGCCUAAGCUCUUCGAGAACCCUGAGUGGAAGCAUUUGCGCGCGCAUUUCCAGCUCCGCUCGAUUGAGGUUAACCAGCUGUUGCAGUUUGCCGCUGCGUCCAAGCGCCAGGCAGAGCUGUUCGAACGGCACUUCCGCACCAAGAGG